AAUGAUAAUAAAAGCAGAAGCAGAAGUCGAAGCAGGUCUAGUAAAAAGAACAAUCAACAUAACCAAACCUAAAAUAGCAUAAAUUAGAAAUAUCAAAAAGAAGGAAAUUGCCAUUAUAAUGAUAAUAAAGAAUAUAUUUCUCAUAAUUCUAGUCCAAUUAGAUUAUAAGAAGAACAUCAUAUUAGUGAUGAACAUACUAAGUAAAUAUUGUUUUUAUGCAGAGAAAGCAAAGAAGAAUAUAAGAUCUUAGAUCAGAAUUAGAAGAUUAAUAUAGCGCCUAAUAAUUAAUUUUAAAUACAAUGUGAAAAUCUAGAUUUAGGAAUUAGACAUCAUACAUCGAUUCCUUUACCUUAGAAGGAGGUUAAUAGUAAUACAAAAGAGACCCUUGAUAAAUAGCCAUCUGAAAUGAUCACAAUAAAUGACAGUAGCUAUGAAGAGGAUCAAGAUGCUGGCAGCAUUGGAGAUAAAGCUGGUCAUCAUUAGGAUGAAGAUUAAGUUGAGAAUUAUAAAACUGAUUUAACAAAAAAUGGACUUUUAGGAUAAAAAAUACCAAAAAUUUAGAGAACAAAAAUAAAAAGAUCAUUAUAAGAUACAUAAUAAUAAUAAAAAUAAACAAAAUAAUCUGUCGAAAGUAUAGAAUUAAAUAAGGAUGAUAAUAUUUUAUCCUUUUUUGGACUUAAUCAUCCAAUGUUAUAAAGUUCUCUAGAAUACAAUAAAAAAGAAUUAUUUGAAUUAGUAGAACCUUAUGAAUAUUAAUGUGGAAAUUUCAUUAUUAAUUUGGGUAUUCAGGGUCAUUAUACUGCUAUAGUGACUUUGCCUAGUCUAUCCUAAAAGAAAACAGUUUAUUAUUUAUUUAUGAUGUUCUAAUUUGAGUUAAAAAACAUUUAUUGCUUAAUCCCAGAAGAUGAUUAAACAAUAUUACUGGUUAGUUCUAAUAUUUAAUCACUUUAUUAUUACUGUAUUUCAAAUAAUCAAUAAAAAGGAAAUUAUAAAACAAUCUUCUAAGAUAGUAAUCUAAAAUGCAAAUUUCCCUAUAUCUUUCCAUCUUUAAUUAGAAAAUUUAUAGUUUCAUUAAAAAAAAAUGAUUAAUAGAUUCGAUAUCAAAUUAAUUAUGAUUCACAUGCAACAUAAUUAGCUAUAGAAGAUUAUUAUUAGGAUAUUCCUGGACACUUAAUUACAGGUACUAGUCAUCCUUUUUUGAAAAUACUUUUUUUUAAAUCCCAAAAUAAUUAGAUUCCUUCAUUUUAUUAUAAAUUUUUAAGUACUCCACUAUAUGAAGGACAAUUUAGUUUAAAGGCUUCACUUUAAUAAAAUGGGAAUAUUAUUGUUAUAGAGAGAAGGUUUUAAUAUUAAUCAUUAAUUUUAGGUUUUUAAGUCCUUUCUGUUAUGGUAUUCAUUCAAUUAAAAUUGAAAUUAAUCGAAUUACAAAUAUUAUAGUAAUGAAAUAAGUUGGAAAAGAUUAUGAGAUUCAAUCAAAAAAUAUUCAAUAAUUUUGGGAUGAUGUCAAUUUAAAAUAUCUUUAAUUAUACCCUUCGUAUAAUAUUAUUUUAUGUUUAGAAAAUUAUUAUAUAACUAUUUUGUAGAACUCAUAAAUUAAGAUAAAAAGGUCUCAGAAAAGUAUAAGAAAUGGAAUCAAUUAUAUGAUUAUUUGAGUAAAUCUCAAUAAUUCAAAAAUACUAAGCAAAAUGAUAAGUCCAUUAUUGUGAAUAAUAAACAAUUCUAUUGUUUUUCUAUAGAGGACAUUAAAAAUGGAAACAAAAUUAAAUAUUUAUGA